GAUUUAUAUAUAAAUACAAGAAAUAUAUAAGUACUUCUGUAUGUACAUAUAUAGAUGUAUGAGUAUGAUGUGUUGAACAAAAGCACAUAACAAAGACAAAAGUUAUUGUCUAUAAUACUUGAAGCUUCGUCGAUUAGUGAUAAUUGUAUCGAUAAUAAAUAAUAAAACAAGAAGAAGAAAAUAAAGAAAAAAAUAAUUUAUCGAGAGGUAAAUGCGGGAAAAACGUCAUAGCGAAAUAAUACGUCGCAGAGAAAUUUGCGGUGGGUAGUAUAUUGGGCGGUGCUGCUGACUGCUGCAGCACAUAAUCUAUUGUAAACAUGAGUAAAAUGUAUUCAACUGCCAAUUUAACGGAUAAAGAGCUUAAAGAACAAGGCAAUCGUUUGUUUAGUCUUCAUAAAUACGAAGACGCUGCUAAUUGUUAUACAAAAGCUAUCAUUAAAAAUCCAGCACAAGCACCAUACUUUACAAAUCGUGCUCUAUGUCAUUUAAAACUCAAAAGAUGGGAAUCUUCAUGUCAAGAUUGUCGACGAGCUCUAGAUAUGGAUCCAUGUUUGGUCAAGGGUCACUUUUUUUUAGGCUUAGCACUUUUAGAACUCGAGGCGUUCGAUGAGGCGAUAAAACAUCUCCAGCGUGCUGUUGAUUUAGCUAAGGAACAAAAGCUUAAUUAUGGAGAUGAUAUGACUAGUGUAUUGAGACAGGCGCGAAAACGCCGGUUCCAAUUGAAAGAAGAGCAACGUCUUGCUCAAGAUAUUGAAUUACAGACUUAUUUAAAUCAAUUAAUUCUUGAGGAUGCCGAGAGACAUAUGGCUGCACUCGAUGAACAAAUAAUAUCUGCUGGUGAAAAAAAAUCACGAGAAGAUUCAAAUGACAUGAACAAAACUACUGCUGGUGAUUCUGAAUCAUCAGCGACUGCACAAGCUAUUUCUAUUAAAAGACAAGAUAUAGAAAGUAAGAAAGAAACUGCCAUUACACGUCUCAAUGAUCUUUUUGCUAAAGUUGACGAAAGACGACGGAAACGAGAAGUUCCGGAUUAUUUAUGUGGUAAAAUAAGUUUCGAAAUACUUCAAGAACCUGUUAUUACACCAAGCGGUAUAACUUAUGAACGCAAAGAUAUUGAAGAACAUUUACAACGAGUUGGUCACUUUGAUCCUGUUACACGAGUGCGUCUCACACAAGAUCAACUUGUCCCGAAUUUGUCGAUGAAAGAAGUGGUCGAUUCUUUCCUACAGGAAAAUGAAUGGGCGUUAGACUACUAAUUAUAUUUUAAAUAAUAAGGAAGGUGAUAAACUUUUUUUUUAGUUACUAGCUCCGUAAGCUACCGAAUGAAUAAAUAAUACACUCGAUCUCAUGUUAUUUUCCGUCCUCGAUACGUUGGAACAUAAAUCGAGUAUUCGUAUUCAUCAUAUGUGUGUAAAAUAAAUUUUAUUAUUACUAUAUAUUAUAUGACAAUUAAUAAUAAACGCCUGUAAUCGUACGACAAUUAAUAAUAAAAUAGUUUAUUUUACGCGAAAACAAAAUUUAACAAAUUGUUAUUUUAAAAUAAAAUAUCUAAAAAUUUUAG